AUGCCUGCUACACCCUGCUACACCUGCUAUGCCCUACUAUGCCCUGAUAUGCCUUGUUACACCUGCUACACCUGCUACGCCAUCCUAUGCCCUGAUAUGCCCUGCUACGCCUGCUAUGCCUGCUUCACCCUGAUAGCCCUGCAUAUGCCCUGCUACACACCCCCCCACCUGGCCCGUCAGACUCCACCCACCAGGAGCCUGGCUUCAGAUCUCUGCAGAUCUCAUUUGGGAGGAGAGUUCAGGGAGGGAAUGAUCUGGGACGAGUACAGCGAAUGCUUUUACUUUCGUCUGGACAUCAGCAGACUAACAGCCUCCUCUUGCUUUAGAUGGAAAUUCCUACAUUCAGAAGGCGACACCACCAAUGCCACCCUCAUCCUGAGCCGGUGGAAGGUCCAGUUUGUUAAAUACCAGGGGAAGACCUUCCACUGGCUGCUGGAGAAUGACGUGGGCUACAGCGUCAAUCUUGUGGCCUCCCACAAGAAGGAGCGAGAGAGGACAGGGUCUCAGUCCCCGCUGAUGGCCAACAAGGAUGCCUUCACCCGCUACUCCUCGGCGUCCCCUGACUUUGCGGAGGCAGUCAGGUUUCACCAGGCGUUCGAGGAGGCUACUUCGUCCACUAUGUCCGGAAGAGAGACAGAGAGCAGAGAACCUCUUGGAUCUACGCUUGCGGCCUUUGUCUCCGGGCGGCGUUCUCUGUCUGCGGUGGAAAUGCAGGCCAAACUGAAAAAGUUGGCCCCUAUGCCUGCAUUGCCAGCCUCUUCCUUCCGGCCCUUUAGACCAGCUCUUCCCUCCGCUUCCACUGGGGAGCCCUCGGAUGAAGAGCUGGUCAAGGCAGUAGUUGAUUUGGAGAAGUCCUCAGACGUACAGGCCCCUCUCUCGCUCCUGCAUCCACCUCCUCCCCCCUCAUCAGCGGCACAGAAGGGAGCUGGUGUCUCUGCCGGGGACGAGCCCACGGACAGCGAGCUGCUGGAGGCCUUACAGGACCAGGACCGGCCCCUGCAACCUCCAGCAGCCGUGGAGCAGACGGCAGAGACACCAGCUCCCCCGCCACGUCCUGGAGCUGCCAGUCCCCCGCCACGUCCUGGAGCUGCCAGUCCCCCGCCACCUGGAGUGCAGGAGUCAACGGAGCCAGCUGUCCUCCCUCCCCCGCCUCCUGCUGGCAGUGCUGAGCUGUUGCCUGCGUCCUGGCGGGCAGCUCUCACUGCGGAGCAGCAGCACUGGAUCGGCCGGGUGCUGUUUACCAGGAGCAGCAAGGGGAGGUCCCAGCUCGUUAAGGAGUUGAACGUGUGGUGGUACCCUCCCCAGACCCUGCCAAUCUACACCCUUUCUGGCGCCGAGAGAACCUGGAACACAAACAUAUUCUGCUUUUAG